GUCAGCAUUUAGUGUAUUUUACUUAUCAGACGUCUCAAACUAGACUUUAUUUUACAGGUAACACUCAUGAUGGAGGAGGAACGAAAGAAAACCCAGAGUGAAGUAAAGAAUUCGCUGCCAGAAGGAACUCAACAAACAACUCAGAAUGGAUCCAUCCUGCCUGCAUUAGAAACCAAAACUGUGCCCACAGAGUCUUUCUCCUCUCUCCUGCCAAAGGCUAUCUCUGCUGUGCUGCACCCAGCUCUGCCCGCAGGCAUCAACUCACACUCACAGCCCAGCAGAAAUCCAGAAGGGCACGCCUCGCCAAACCUGGAACAACUGCAGACAGAGCUGAGAGACCUGAAGGGCCAGUUUGAACAGAUGAAGACUCAGCACAACAAAGAAAUCAAACUGCUGAUGAAUGAGCUGGAUGAGGAGAAAAGGAUUCGCUUAACGUUACAGAUGGAAAUUCAGCGAAUGAAGAAGCACAUGUCUAAAUGAGCAAAGAUGACUAUUCUUUCAUCAGAUUCAUCAGAUUUCUGAUUUACCCUUUCUUUUUGGACUGCUGAGUGGGCAGACUCAGAGGGCUUAAUAUUUUUACUAAGUCACUCGUGAAAGUGCAAAGAUGGAAGCAGACAUAAAGACGGAGGCUGCAGCAAACUGUCCUUUCCCUCUGGAGACGACCGGCGCAGUUACACGUCAAACAUCUUGUUUUUUUCUUGUCACGUCACCAAAGGCAUUCAUAAACAUUCAGCCGGGAAACUGUAAUCUCACAUGUUUUGAGUUUUCCAUGAGAUUUCACUUAUUACUGUCCAUUAAGACAAUGAUUGGUGGUAAUAUGUACUACGGCAUAAUUGAACUGGUUUUUUAUCCAUUGUGACAGUGACUCCAAGAGAGAGGAGGACGAGAAAUGACAAGCAGCAGUUCAUUUACAGAGACUAAAGAUUUUGUUUAUAAUAAUGUAAUAUGGAUGAGCACACAGAUUUUAGGCUUGUAAAAAGAAAAAAAAAUCGCACUUGUUUUCUUUCUGAUUGCACAAAGAAUGUAAAUUU